CUAUGAGCUCCCAACUCUUGAUAAUUAGUUGAUUCACGCAAAUACUUCACCAUCCAACAAAGCUAUAAAUGGAUGAAGAAACCCAUGCAAAAUGGCACAUUUUAAAAAAAUAUUGCUACCAGCUUUGAGUCAUGGCAGCCAUUAAGUCUCUUGUUUCCCUCAUUUCCCGAGCCACGUUGUUGUUUGUUCUUGUGGGGCUGGUUGUGGUGCAGACCGAGGCCCAAACUUGCACGUCCCAGCUCGGUAACAUCAACGUGUGUGCACCGUUUGUGCUGCCCGGUGCGGCUAACACCAACCCUAGCCCCGAGUGUUGCACCGCACUCCAAGCCGUGGAUCAUGACUGCCUCUGCAGCACCAUCAGGAUCGCAUCCCGUCUCCCUUCUCAGUGCCACCUCCCUCCUCUCUCCUCUUGCAAUGGUAGCAAUUACUUCUCGAUCUCACUCUCUCGUCAAGUCUCAAGCACCUUUACGUAUUACGCAUUUAGAACAAUGAUCACAAAUGGAUCAAAAUAUCCGAAGGUUCAAAAAGGUCAAAGGGGUGAUAUCACUAUGGACUCAUCGUUUAGUUGUCUCAGUUCAUCUGAAGUAUUUCUAUCGCUCGGUGAGGUCCUUUCUCUCGGUAAACUUUCCGUUAACCUUCUAGAAGCUUCUAAUGAUAUGUGGAUUGUCUUCUCUGAUAACCGAGAUGACAUCUCUGAUUGA